AAAUCUUAAAAUAUCAAGUGGUUCAAUAAGAUCUAUCAAAAAUCUAAGAUAUGAAUGAAAACCAAUUAAUACAUGACUCCGAUAUUUUUUCUUAUGAAUUAAGUGAAGAUAAUUCCGCGAGUGAAGGAUCUGAAAAAGAUGAUGUUAUAGAUGUUUUACAUGUUUAUCCGACUCAUGAUGAUAUUGAAAAUUCAUUGAAAAAAAACAAUAUGAGUAAACUUAUUCCUUAUGUAAAUAGUGAGUCUUAUAAGAAAAUAUGGUCAUUGAUUCGUUCAUCUUUAAUUAAUAUGUUUCUUCCAUUUAUUAAUGGCGUAUUUCUAGGCUUUGGUGAAAUAUUUGCACAUGAGAUUUCUAUCCGAUGGAAUAUACUUGGUGCUAGACAAAGACCACAUCGCUUAAAUAAAAAUAUAUAAGAUUGAUUGGUAUUCAUUUUGAUUUUAUGAUAUUCCAGAAAUGUCC